AAUCACAUUGUGUGUUACUGUAGUGACCACAACCUGGCGGUUUCCCCCGCGCAGUGAGUUGGUUUAGUCCGUAUGAUGGGCGGGGCACUGAUGAUGAUCAGCUGCCUAAAUUCCCUCGUUUUCACCAUCCGCAGCGUCUGUGGCGCAAUACAGAAGUAGUACAGCGCAAAAUAUUUGCUCAGUCUAGCUUAUGGAAAAGGAGCUCCACAGAAAUGUGCGCGAACGUCUUCGGAAUGUUGAAAAGCCUAUUUGGAAAGCCCUUUGAUGGUGGGAAGAGGACAAUGGAUCAUGGCAACCAACAGCAACAGCAACCACAGACACAGUACAUGGCAGGGCCAUUCCAGGCAUUCAUGGGCCCUCAAGGUCCAUUCCCUGGGCCCCACCCAACCCUUGUGCGCCUGGAUGAGCUGCAAAGGGAAGCUGUGACAUUAGGACAGAAAGUCUGUUCCUUCAGUGGAUUGCAGAGUGACAGGGAGUACAAACGACUUGAGCGGGAGCUGACACGACUCCAGCUAGAGGUGGAUCAGGUGGAGACAGAGGGACGGAUGGAGCUGCAGCACGCUCGGAAGCGAGUAGCAGGGGAGGUGGAGGGGUUAUUGCACUACCUGGAGGGUAAUGCUACCCACCCCUCUCAAUUAGCUAUAGAGGAGCUGAGCCAGGAGGCACAAAGGCUCCUGCUGUCUGGGGUGGUGGCUCCAUUUCGGGAAGGGCAGGUUCAGGAUACAGUGGAGACCGGUGAGGACCUUGUGGAGGCUGUGCAGGAUGUGGCAAUGCGCCUGGCCCAGAUCAAGACGGGUGGAAGCGUGCCGCUCAGGAAGGCCCGGUACCGCGCUCUUACCCGUGUUUGUGCAGUACAGGAUGUCCUGGAGGGCCGCGUUCGCACGCACACACUUGCGCUGCCUCUGUCUGAAGAGACCCAUGAGGCCGUGCAGCGCAUCAAUCAAGUGAUGGUGCAGGUGAGUGGUGCUCGUUGUCAGCUGGUUGCUCUGCUGAUGGGGUUGAGUGGGCGGGAUAGCUGUGCCCACCUAGCACGUGUCCUCACUGAGCUGUUAGUGGAGCUGGAUGCACUAGAUGUGUCCAGUAACUCAGCCGUCAGGAACUACAGAAAGCAGGUGGUGGAAGAGAUCAACGGCCUCCUUAAACACCUCGACCUGGAGGGGGAGGGAGAUGGCAAUCACAGAUAUGACCUGACAAAUAAUGACUCCAUCCGUGAAAUUGAGGCCAUCCGAGGUCGUGUGUCUGUGCUGCGUGGAGAAGUACUGAGACAAGGUAUAGCAGGCCAAGGUGUGGAGCUUCAGAGUCUUCUAACUCAUCUGGACCAAGUGGACACCGGACGUAACCCCUGCAUAAGAGAGGCACGUCGAAGAGCCGUUCUAGAGAUCCAGGCUGUCAUAACCUACAUUGACCUCCGGGAAGCCCUCGGCCGCAGGAACCCUGGACCAGAAGAACCCCCAGCUCACGCAGCAGUAUGGCGUGUCCUUGCCAGUCUAUCUGAACUGCACUUCCAGGUGCUUGGUUUUGAUGGCAAGAGAGCUGACAAGAGCUACAUGGUUCUUGAGGAGUUGCUGACCAAGCAGCUUCUGGCUCUGGAUGCUGUAGACCCUCAGGGGGACCAGGGAACAAAAACUGCUCGUAAACAAGCAGUCAAAUAUGCCCAGAACAUCCUCGGCUACCUGGACCUGAAGACAGAUGAGUGGGAAUACUGAGAGAGUCAAGAGAGUAAAAAGCAAAAUACUGGAAAUUUUCACUUGCACAAAGUGCUUUGAAAAUGUUUUGUGCUUAGUUAAUGGCAUGGUGGUUGAGGACUUGCACAGGUUGAUUUUGUAUAUAAAAGACUUUGUCCUAGAUGGUAAAAUUCUUUCCUUACAUGCACUGCAAUUCCUGCUUUUUAAUUUGUCUGGUUAUUGUCCUAGUCAUUGACCAGUGGGCCAGUUGUUACUGGAAACAGCAGUUUUGUUCACUAAACUGUCUGCAGGCUAA